UUCACGGCCGACGAUGCUCCGGGUGUCCCUGGUGCUUCUCCUGGUUGGACGAGCCAUGGCGCAGGUUCCGUUUCUAGGGGCCUGCCCGAACGUCCAGACGAUGCCAAGCUUCGAGCUGGAGAGGUACUUGGGCAAGUGGUACGAGGCCGAGAGAUACUUUGCCCUCUUCGAGUUCGGAGGAAAAUGCGUGACCGCGAAUUACAGCCAAAGCGAGAACGGAUCGGUCAAGAUCGUCAACGGGCAGAUCUCUUCCCUGACCGGAAUAGCCUCGACCAUCGAGGGCAUCGGCAGGCCAAUCGGCAGGUCGGACGACCCGAAGCUGAGCGUAACCUUCCCUUCCCUCCCGCUGCAGUUCGACGCGCCCUACUGGAUUCUCGACACGGACUACGAGCGGUUCGCCGUCGUGUGGAGCUGCACCAACUUCGGAGUCUUUAGCGUGCGGAACGCCUGGAUCUUGACGAGGGACCCGAAGCCGCCGAUCCCCGUUCUCGAGAAGGCCUACCAAACGAUCGACAGGAACAACGUCAGCCGGGCGUACCUGAUUCGCACCGACCAGAAGAACUGUCCGGCCGCCGGUUGAGCCCCUCCCGAACUUCCUUCCGACUCGGUCGCAUUUCUCCCGUGACCCUCCAAUUACCGCGCAUUUAUUCCUUAUUUAUUUAUUUAUUUAUUUACUUAUUUACUUAUUUAUUUAUGUAUUCAUUCACCGACCGAUUCGUUAUUUAUUGACUUAAUAAAAAUCGUAGGCACGCGAGUUUCGAGUCGAGCGGCAAAUAAAGUGGCCUAGCGAAAAAACCCAUUCCCUUUCCUCGCCCGAUGACGACGGAGGACGUCCCUCCGUCGCGAGGCUCCCGGCGCCAAUAAAUCGCGCGGCCGAUCCGCGUCGGAAUCUCGAUCGCAGCCCUCCGAAGAGGAGGAUCCUAAUAACAGGGUCCGCCAAACUUGAGCAAACAUCCCCGCCCACGGCGCGUCCCGCUCGGCGUCGGCCCGGUGCCCUUCCGACAUCGACCCGAGAGCGCCACCCUCGGCCGAUAUUUCUUUUCCCGGCUCUCGGAAAAGUCGCGUUCCGCGCUAACUCGACGCCUUGUCCCCUUUCGGCCGGCUCCCUUUCUUUCCCUUUCUCGCGGCGCUCCUAGAAACCGCGGGAAACGUACCUCGAGUCCGGCCGCUCCCCUUCCGAGACCUUCCCCGACCGUGGGGGGAUGAGAUCUGCCCGCGGGGGACGACGAGUCGAUGCAUUCCGGUUUGCGGGCGCGGCCGGUACCUGCGGCUCGCGAUUACGUUAACGGCCCCGUCCCUGAACCUCGAUAAGGCGACGCGCGACCAGAGAUGAGCAGAGAUGAGCAGAAAACACUCUAAAAACGCUCGAAAAUGUACCUACUAGUAGUAGA